AUGAGCGAAGAAGCGAAUUCGUUGGUCGAGGCAGCGCCAACCCCAAGCGGUGUCGACGGUGGUGAGACUCUCGAGGCGGAUCGAGAUGAGGCGACGAAGAUCAUCGAGGAAGAAUCGGAGCUCACAAUGAAAGGAGACGGAGAACCAGAAGUGGCCUGCAACGUCGAGCCGCCCGUGCCUGCCCUGCAACCGUCCGAACCGGCCCAACCUGCCGGCCAGCAGGAAGCCGCACAGAAGGAGUCCACAAAGGAGAGCGAGGCUGCUGGGCAGCAAGCCACCGCGGAGGAGGAGUCCAUAGUGGCGAUCGACGUCGCCGCCGAACCCGCGUCGAUCCGAGAGCCCAUGGCAGCGGCGCCUGUCGCGGAGGCAGCCCUCUCUGAGGCUGCUGGGCAGGAAGCCGCCGCGGAGGAGUCCACAGUGGAGAUCGAGGUCGCCGCCGAACCCGCGUCGAUCCGAGAGCCCGUGGAAGCAGCGCCGGUCGUGGAGGCAGCCCUCUCUGAGGCUGCCGGGCAGCUGGGGGAGGAGGGAACGACUUCGCCGACCUCUGUGGAGAUCGGAGUUACCCCUGCGGAAGCAGAUGACCAGCCAAGGACUGAGGCCGAGGAGCUAAAGGGCAACCUUCUGUCGGCGGCGCUGUUGGGCGUGCCAACGCCGAGCGCAACCCUCACGCACUUGACCCGCGGAAGACCAGCCAGCAUGAACAAUCGCAAACGGCCAACCAGCUCCCGCCGAGCCAAGGCCCUGGGCAUCACGCCCGCUGUCCCACCACAGCUUCCGCGUCCUCGGCCCCUCACCGCUCAGUACUCACACCAGCCGCAGCAGCGCCCUGCGACACCGCCACUUUCGCCACUGCCGCUACCUACCGUGGUCCCCCUCGCCACCACCACUGCCGCCAAUACAACAGCAACAGCAGCAGCAGCACCUGUGCCACCGCCUCCGCCACCACCACACCAGCCACCACGAACCACCCCCACACUUCCUCUCGUCGUGCCGCACGCUCUUCCCAAAGCUGCUGAUGCUGCUGCUGCCGGUGGCGGCGGGCCACUACGGCUGCCCUUUGCUGCUCUCCCUUCUCCCGCCAACAACACCGCCACCACCUGCGUACCCCUCCGCUUUCCUUCCCGCGGCGGAGGGGAGAAAGCCUCUGCCCGCGAUGGCGAGCUGGCUCCUGAAGCUGGACCGCCGCCGGCACUGCCGACGCGCGAUGACGCUUCACCUCGCGACCUGCCGAGCCUGCCUCCACUCCCCCCAGCUCGAGAUGACGACGACGACGACGACAGAGUUCUUCUGAUGUCUCGCUCAUCUUGGCCCCAACUGCCUCCGCUUCCUCCCCUCGGCAGCGGCGAUGAGGCGCGCCACUCGGCCGGGGCGGAGGCGGAGGCCGAGGCACCUAUCCCUAUGCCUCACCGCCCUCCCACCCCGCCCCCACGCACUGAAGUCCACCACCACCACCCGUGCGAAGACGGCCCAUUACCACCACUGCCAUCUCGGGUGCCUCCCCCGCCUCCGCCAAGGGCCGACCACGAUCGCGCGCCUUCAUCAUCACCACCGGGGCUCCCGUGGACGCCUCCUCCGAUUCCUGCACAGCACCCGCCCGAAGCCUCUUCUCGCGAGCAAGGUGACGACCAUGCGCUCUCGUCGGAGCCACUCCGCUCGUUGCAUCCUUCCCCUCGGGCUCCCUCCCCCUCGCCUUCGCCUCGAUUCGCGGCCAAUGCCGCCGCUUCGCCGCGAGGAGGAGGACCGCCGCCACUUCCGCCGCAGCAGCAACCAGCCUCCUCUUCGCCCGUCGCUUCGCCUCGACCGCCGUCCCCACCAAGUCGCGACUCUUCCCCGCGCACUCGCGACGAAUUUCCGCCGCCUGCUAUGCUCGGCCGCGAGGAGGAUGUCGACGACUCGAGCGCUACGUUGCCGCCGCCGCCGCCGCGUUUGUCACCACGCCUGCAGUCACACCGUGAGGAGGACGAGGCUCCCAAGGCCGAUACCCUGGAGCUGAUGAUGCCCUCACCUCGGCGUACGGGCAAUGUCUCCGCCAUCACGCCUCCAUCGCCUGAGAUCCCGACGGCUGACGCCUGCCGCCUGCCGCCCCUCUCGCCUCGCAUCCCUCCAGCUGCUUCAGCUUCUCCUCGACCCUUGCUUCCUCGAGCUUGCGACAGCCCUGUUGCAUCGCCUCGCGGUCGCCCUGCCACUCCUUCUCCCCGCUGCCUUGGGCAGGGCCAGGAGGAGAGUACCGGUCCUCUACCCUCGCCUCGUGAUGAGCAUGCAGCACCACAAGAUGAGGACGCCCGAGAAUCAUCGCCCCGACCUGUCGCGGCGCUGGAGCUCGAGAUCGCAGCGGGGGUCUCCCCCCGGCACGGAACGACUUCUCCCAGACCCAGCUCCGCACGCAGACUCCUGGCAUCAUCCCCUCCCGCGCGGUCGCCACGUUCAUCGGAUUGCUCGCCGUCUCCGUCGCCUCGCGCCACACCACGCCCUGCGGAGCCGCCCCACGACGCGGAGAACGCCGCGGCAGCCGCCGACAUCGACGACAUCAACCCCGUUGUUCUCACUGAUGUCUCGGAGGAACCUGAGCACGGAGGCGAGACGACCACGACCCCCGAGAGCGAACAGCACGAGAUGAGCAAAGAAGCGGAUUCGUUGGUCGAGGCAGCGCCAACCCCAAGCGGCGUCGACGGUGGUGGUGAGACUCUCGAGGCGGAUCGAGAUGAGGCGACGAAGAUCAUCGAGGACGAAUCGGAGCUCACAAUGAAAGGAGACGGAGAACCAGAAGUGGCCUGCAACGUCGAGCCGCUCGUGCCUGCCCUGCAACCGUCCGAACCUGCCGCCCAGCAGGAAGCCGCACAGAAGGAGUCCACAAAGGAGAGCGAGGCUGCUGGGCAGCAAGCCGCCGCGGAGGAGUCCACAGUGGAGAUCGACGUCGCCGCCGAACCCGCGUCGAUCCGAGAGCCCGUGGAAGCAGCGCCGGUCGUGGAGGCAGCCCUCUCUGAGGCUGCCGAGCAGCUGGGGGAGGAGGGAACGACUUCGCCGACCUCUGUGGAGAGCGGAGUUACCCCUGCGGAAGCAUAUGACCAGCCAAGGACUGAGGCCGAGGAGCCAAAGGGCAACCUUCUGUCGGCGGCGCUGUCGGGCGUGCCAACGCCGAGCGCAACCCUCACGCACUUGACCCGCGGAAGACCAGCCAGCAUGAACAAUCGCAAACGGCCAACCAGCUCCCGCCGAGCCAAGGCCCUGGGCAUCACGGUGGGACCCCAAACGAAGGAGGUCAUCGAACCACCACGGGCGAUGGAGGAGAGCAGCGCGGAAGAGCCGAACGGCAGCAGCGGAGAGGAGGUGCCACGACGGCCGGAUCCGCUGGCGAACAGACCCAGCCUGAUGCCGGGCAGGAUCAGGAGCAGCCCCGAUAUGGCCCUCGAGCUCAGAGGCGCCCUGUUCGCACGUGGCGCCAGUAGCCCGCAGCCGCUGCGCCUUCCCUCGCCCGUUCGGAUGAGUUUGCCCACUAUCGAGAUACCACCACCGACGACGACGACCAACGACGAAACGAAGCCCGAGAAGGCAGCGGAAGAGGCGGCAGCACCGCAGGUGUCGCCCAAGCGUGGGCUGAAGGGCCUCUUGUUCGGCGGGAGGAACGCCGACUCCAAGAAGAGCCCGCGGGCCAAGAGCCCCCGCAAGACCAAGACCAUCGACGGGCUCCCCAGCCCCGGCAAGGGAGCCAAACCCGACUCGUGA